CAGGAAGGCAAUUCGAUCAACAUAGCACAUCGACCGGCUCGCGGCGACGAGACACUAGCCAACCCUCCAUCGCCGGGGUACGCGCCACGACUGCCCCUGCACCGCCACGCGCCGCUUGACCACCUUCCUCCACGACGACAUGCCCAAGUUUCCCCUCCCGCCGGACUACUUUCGGUGCCCACCACUGUCGCCUGACGAGAUCACUCGCCUUCAAGCACUCGGCGAACGCACCUCCACUGACAUGGUGCGCGCUUCCCGCUUGCAAGGCGGUUCCAUUAAGUGGACGCUUGCUUCCGACAUUGACGGUCUCCAGUUGUAUGUGGGAGACGAUCCGUCGGCACCCCGCGGUGUUACAUCGUACUGCGGUGUCACAGAAGUCAUGGGCACCCUCGACGAAGUGGCUUCGUUGUUCAAGACAGAUGCCGCCGAACGAUACCACGACUACGUGCGCAUGUUUAGCAAAGACCACUUGGACGGUCAGACUCUGUACACCCUCUCGACUGAGUCGGUCGACCGACGUCGCCACCAUCUCAGUCUGCAAUGGUCCGCGAGUGGCAUGCCAGGUUUUGCCAAGCAUCGCGACUGGUGUUACCUCGAGUGCCAGCACGACUUUACAACAGGCCAAGGGCGUCUCGGCUGGGUUCGUUCGUUCAAGUCGGUCAAGUUGACUUGUUGUCCCGACCUUGAGUCGACAUUCAACGUGGUUCGCGGCCAGUACCAUCGAUCUGGCAUCGUCGUCGUGGAGUCGCCCAGUCGACAGGACCACUUGGUGGCCAUGGCUGUGCACCAGAUCGACUGGAAGGGCAGUGUUCCUUCCUUUGUGGCGGCGUCGGCGGUGCGCAAGCGAUGCCGCGCCGUGGCCGACCUCGAUACACACUUGCGCGCGCGGCGCAUGCGAGGCCUGUCGUUCCUUCCCUUGCAUCGCCUCGUGCCGUUUGCGCUGCGAGUCAAGUGCUUUGUGUGCUGUGCUCGCUUUAGCGUGUUUAGACAUUCCAAAGAGAGUUGCCGGCAGUGUGGCGAAGUCGUGUGUCGGGCCUGUUCUCGGCAAUGGGACGUUGGCACCCCUCAGGACAAACUCCACGUUCGAAUCUGCGCCGCGUGCAGCUCCCAAGCCACGCCGUCUUCAACGCCGGCGCCGUCGACUUCGAUUCCAAGUUGUCGGAACUCGGAAAAGGUCGUGCUGGGGCCGUUGCCCACGCCGACAAGUGUCGCUCCUUCGCAUCGUGCUCAACCCACCAAAACAGAUCAACAGCAAAAGCAGCAAUGGCUGCUCUAUUUUCCAGUCGGGACGAGAGCGUCACAGCAACGAGGAAGAGACGGCUUCCCUACUCCUCGCAACGCUUGUUGUUCGAGCAGCGUUCCGCCCGCCGCUCCCCGAUCGACGAAAGCGCGGGCGAAACCGUCGCUGUUCCAGGACGACGACGACAUCCCGCCCCAACGGCCGAGAUCGGCCAAAGCGCGGGCCAAGCCGUCGUUGUUCGACAUGGGCGAUGAUGGUCCAACGACCAAAGCAACGUCGUUGGCUUCGACCUCUCAGCAGCAACCAACACGGGCGCCACGAACGUGGGAGGCAUAUGUGGACGACAGAGGGUCCGCCACGGCGACGCCGCAUGGGUACAUUGAAGCAGGCAACAUGGCGGAUGCGGACUACGUCCCAAGCACGGUCCGCGUCAACUUGCUACGCGACGAAACCGACUCGUACACUUCGCGCCUUGUGUCGGCCAAGUCGAAGUCGCAAGCGACGCCACCGACCCCCGUGCAAUGUAGUCCUGCCACUCCCCUUGACGAUCAGACACAACCUCACGCAUUGAAGCGGGGCUACCACGCACCCUGCCCCGACCAGCGCCAUGGCCAUCUCGCAUCGUACAACUGUGUCGGCAGCGGCGACGUGCGUGCCCACAAGAGCGACUGCAAUUCCUUGCACCGCACCCCAUCCAGCAGACGCAACACGGACUGUAUACAGCAGCAGCAGUCGGCGGGAGAAGUGUCGACCACAUCGCAGGAUAUUGUCGUUGUGGGGCUUCCACACCGAUCGAAGCCCCAUCCAUUCUUGCAACCCCACGGAAAAGAGUCCCCCGCACCAUCGAAAACGCAAACGUCACCUCCUCGGAACGAUUUGAUCAUGAUAUACGACGUGGCUGCUCCAGCGGGAGAAAACUCGCUUCCCACCCUGCGGAAGCCAUACCAACCCCAUGCAAGCGGACCUCACGACGAAGCUUUGAUCCGUCAAGGUGGAAUCGCAACUUGAAAACAGUGUUUUGUGGCGACCUACAUGUUUGUUUUGCGUCGAGCGGACGCUCUAAGUUGUCUUCCCAAUGGCAGUCUGUCUGGC